AUGCACCGCGAGCAGCAGCAGCAGCAGCAGCAGCAGCAGCAGCAACAGCAGCAGCAGCAGCAGCAGCAGCAGCAAUGUGGUAUAUCACCGCUUGCUGCAGAUAGAGAUCUGCUGCAGGCUUUAGUGAAGGCCCAGAGGGUUCUGCUGCCUGAGGAGGGGGCUGCUGCUGCUGAUGCUGCUGCUGCUGCUGCUGCUGCUCCUGCUGCAGUUCCUGGUGCUGCCGCUGCAGCACCUGCAGCAGCAUCUCCAGAUGCUGCAGCAGCAGCAGCAGAUGCUGCUGCUGCGUUCGCUCUUCAUCAUUCUAUGUUUGCAGCAGCAGCACCUGGAUCUGCUGCUGCUGCUGCUGCAGCAGCCAUUGCUGCUGCUGCAGCAAUUGAAGGUGUACAGACACCGCGUGACCGCAGCCAGCCGAAGGUAGAUGCAGCAGCAGCAGCAGCAGCAGCAGCAGCAGCAAGGACUGCAGCAGGAACCGCUGCAGCAGCAGCAGCAGCAGCAGAUGCAUAA